AGUUCUAUUGAACAAUAAAACUUCACGGAAAAACUAAAAUCAAAUAUUUCACCGAUUUUAUUUAAAUCUAAUACUCAAAAGCAAGUGGGAGGAGUUGUCUGUCCUGUGCCGGGAGGGGGCACCUUGGCCGCCCUUGGACGUGCUCGUCGAAGGACGGUUAUUUUUUCACUUUGUUUUUUGAAGGUUAUUUCUAAUAAAAUAUAUUUUCAAAGGUUACAUUGUAAUAAUUGUACGGAACAUUUUAACCGCGAUGGUUUCUAUAGCGAAUCCACGAAUUAAAAGACGUGUACCUUUCCUUUUUAUUUCGUGCUUUUCUUACGACAACAAUAAUAAUAUUACGUAUUUAUAUGGUAGCCCUAUUAUAUUAUUUAUGUGGUAUACCUAUAAUAAAUAAUUCAUAGUCGGUCGGGAAAUCCCUGUAGCGCCGAACGUCCGGAAAUACACAACUAUUUUUAUACUACGUUGUAAAUAUAAACAUAGGUAUAACGACGUAGUCUGCACUUUUGCAGCGACGGCGGGAUUUUUUUCCUUUACAACAAUGACAUUAUGUUUAAUCGGGAAAGUCCGGAGUAGUAUCCGGUAGGAACGGAAUUCAAAAAAAGAAAAACACGCGAAUCACAGUCGUCUAGAUCGGGCCAGUCAUAAUAGCAAUAUUAAUAAUAAUAAAUAAUAAUAUCAUUAAUUAAAAAAUAAUAAUAAUAAUAACAACAACAACAAACAACAAGUGGAAAACCGCAACGGACGGACGGCGGCGACGGUGUUCGCGUGUGUUUGUGCGCAUACAAAUAUCGUAUAUCAUUCGCGUUUUUUUUUUUUUGGGCACACACAAUACCUGUGCACAGCGUACGCGUCCGUUUCGUUUAUAUAUCAUUAAAAUAAUAAUAAUAAUAUUUUUUUUUUCCGUAUAGUGCUCGCUCGCCGCACACGCACACGGCCGGCCAGACGACGACGGCCAGCCAAAAGCGACCACAACGCGGUCGUCGUCGUCUCGCCGUUCGGUCGCUUUUCGUCGUUGCCACGGCCACCGGAGCACCGCCGCCGUCGCCGCGUCACGGCCGUCGACGCGUGGCCAUUUCGUUUCGAUUAUCGGCGCGGUAGGACUCCGCCGUCGUCGUCGCCGCCGCCGCCGCCGCCGUUGCGGUUGUUGUUGCGCGCCGCCGGUUAUUAUUAUUAUUGUUUCGUUAUUCUUCGCGUUCCCGACGUGCCGCCGCCGCCGCGUGUGUGCCCCGUAACCGCCUCAGUAGUAGAGCAUACAACGCGGUUAUCGGUCGGUCGGUCGCCGCUGUCGUGUCGUCCGGGGAACAGGUGGCGUGUCGAGUGCGCUCGAAUUUUAUCAUAUUUUUAAGUAUCGUUAUAAUUAUAUAUAUUAUUAUUAUUAUUAUUAUUAUUAUUACAAUAAUUAUAUUAUUAUUAUAUCGUUGUGUUUUCAUUAUCGCGUAGUCGUCGUCGUCGUCGUAGCAUUCGGCCGCGUCGCACCGUCGUCGUCGUCCGUCGUCGCCGUCGCUCGUCAGUCGACUCUGUGCACGUGCAGCGGUGUGCUCCGGCUGAAUAUUGUGUUCGCUCGCCCGCCGGUUCCGAACCAUUCCGCCGUCGUCCGUCUACACUGACUGCCGUGUACCGUCGUCGCACUACCGCACAUCGUCGUCGCAUUCGUGUUUUGUAGCGUUCGCACCGGUCUCGGCGUCGUCGUCGUCGUCGAACCUCGUUUCGCGUUUUCCUCGUCGUCAACGGGUUUUUUUCGUUUUACUAAUCGCGUUUACGUUUUGUCGGUAGUACACUGUUCGAGAUACUAAAUCGUUGACGAUCGUUAUAUUUUUCAAAAACGAUAUUACAACACGUUUUCGGGGCCGGAGGAACGACAACGGUAUUACUCCAUAGCUCUGGGCACGCUCUCAUGACAUUAUCGAAUCGGACGAGGAAAAUGCCACAGUCUCUCCGGUCGUCUCCGCUGCCGCCAUCGUCGGACGACGCUGUAAAAUCAACCGUCCAGUCCGAGUGAUCCAGCGACUUUUAAUCGACGAAAAAUACGACACGAAAUCGUCCGGCCGCAAUCGCCCGGCGUUUGACAAUAAUAUUAUAAUAUUUUAUAAUAACAUUUAAAAUACCGAUUGUCGUCGUCGUCGUCGAGAGAGCAAAACGUUAUUUCAUUUAUUUCUGUUUCCGACGAGAUCCCCCCUCCCACCCCGUGCUCUACCGCCAGACCAUAACUCAACCAUCCACCCCACCCAGCGGUCCGGUCGGUUCGGCGUUUGUGUUUUUCGGGCGGCGCCGCCCACUGCCGCUGGAGAAUCGCGUGCGGGCGCUGCGAUUCCCCCCCAGUGACGCGUCGCGCAACAAGAUGUACGCCACCGCUGCCGCCGCCGCCGCCGUCGCCGCCGCCGCUGUCGUCACAACGAACGUCGUCAUCGCCACUGCCGGCACCGCCGCCACAGCGGUAGCUAACGUCGCAGUCGAGUGUCGUCGGAGGAGUGCAGCGCCACGCGUUCUCCUCGGUUCGCGAUGAUCCGCGCCGCAGCCGCUGCGUGCGCGCCAUGUGACGCGUGAUCCGGCCGCGCGGUAGUCUACCACAGAUAAAUAAUUAAUAGAAAAAUUAUAACAAAUAUUUAUAUUUUUACGAUUUUCGCGUACGUACGUUCGGUCGAAUCGAUUCGUUUAUGCGUAUAUAGCGUUUCGCGAGAGAAAUAACGCAAACUGCUGCAGUACCUAAAAUAAUAUUCCUACCCAUCACAGUACGACAAUUGUUACCUAUCGUUGUAGUGCAGGUGGGCGCGUAUCAAAUUAUUAUUAUAUUAUUAUUGUUGUUUUUGUUGUUGUUGUUGUUGUAACGGAUAAACAAAGGUCUGCGAGAAACUAUACGCGACCGCGGUGCUCGACGCUCUUAUACAUAUAGAGUAAUUGUUACGUUAUACAAUAAUAUAAUAUAACAUUAUCGUACACUCGCAUUUCGACUGACAGAUGAAGUACAAACGACCUUUGCUCAAAAAAUGCCGUCCAUGAACGGGUGGUGGAUCGCGUUCGUCUGGCUGUGGUCGCUGUCCGUCACGACCGCGGCCGUCGAGGAGAAGGUGUGCGGCAGCAUCGACGUGCGCAACAGCGGCGACCGCCUGUCCGCGUUGCACAACUGCACCAUCGUCCAGGGUUCCGUGCAGAUCGUGCUGCUCGAUGCCACCAAACCGUCCGACUUCGACAUCAGCUUCCCGCUGCUGCGCGAGAUCACUCAGUACCUGGUCGUGUACCGCGUGGCCGGCCUGCACAACCUGGGAAAGCUGUUCCCGAACCUGAUGCUGAUCCGCGGCGCGCACAGCCCUCAUUUCCCGGGGCUGGCGCUCAUGAUCCACGACAACCUCGACCUCCGGGAGAUCGGACUGUACAGCUUGACCAACAUCACGCGGGGUUCCGUGAUCAUUUCGAAAAACCCUAAAUUGUGUCACGCGACAACAAUCGAUUGGGGCCAAAUCGCCAACGGUGUGAGCAACGACAUUAACGUGAUCAGCAACGACGAACCUAUAAAAUGUAACGGAUGCUCUAAUAUUGGCUGUCCGGGAGACCUGUGCUGGUCACACGAUCCUGUCCGGUGUCAGUACGGGAGAUUGAACGGUUGCCAUCCAUUGUGCGCUGGCGGCUGUGACGAACCGCACUCUGCCAGGCAUUGUUUUGCGUGCACCGCGUACAUGCACAAGGGCGAAUGCAUCAAAGAAUGUCCAUACGGCCUGUAUGGUCACAUCAGGUCGUGUUUGACCGCAGAAGAGUGCUACAGUCUGCCGGUGAGCAGAGAAGAAUCGACACCGGACGUCGUGAACACGCACUACAUCCCGUUCGAACGCGUUUGUCGCGACGAGUGUCCGUACGGAUUCGAGGUGACGGCGGACAAAAGAAAUUGUACACUGUGCAGGAAGACGAGGUACGGACACUGUCAGCGGAACUGUAAUAGCUUCAAGAUCAGCGAUGACAUGUUGAGGAAGAACUAUGAAUAUCGUUUACACACCAACUGUACAACAAUCCAGUCUUUGGAGAUCGAAGUCAAGUACGGCACGAGUGAGGAAGUAGAACGUCGACUAGAAGAAUACAUUGGCAAAGUAGAAGUCAUUUUGGAUCAGUUAAGAAUCAUACGGUCGUAUUCGCUGAACUCAUUGAAUUUCUUGCGAAGUCUGUACGAAAUACGCGGUGAAAAUACUGUUAAUAAAAUGGCUUUGGUGAUUCGCGGCAAUAAAAAUUUACAAAGACUUUGGACCAACAGUAAAAACGAGACUCGCCCCGUAAAGAUAUUGAACGGCACAGUAUCUUUUCAUUACAAUCCAAAGUUAUGUAUGUCAGAAAUAUAUAAAUUUGGAAAUUUGUCUUCGCUGCCUCCGUUCUCAGAUAUAGAAGUGUCGGUUAUAUCCAACGGCGAUCAGUUCGCAUGCACUGUUUAUAAUUUACAAGUGGAAACCGUUAAAAUCGAACCACAAUCUAUUGUGUUACAAAUGCACAAACCGGUGGAAGCAGAUCAUUUGGAAAGGUUUCUUGUGUAUUUUAUCGAAGCAUCUAAAUGGAAUGAAACUAUUGAAACAACCGAUUGCGAAGACUCUAGUUGGAAAAUUGAUGAUAUAAGUUCAAAAAAAGUUUUCAACGACACUGAAAUUUACCAUGUAAUUACAAAUUUAGAACCAAACACCGAGUACAUUUAUUAUGUAAAGACUUACACGAUUUCUUCAAAGACUAGUAUGAGUAGUGUAUUUCGUAGUAAGACACUUCCGUCAAAGCCGUCCGCUCCUCAAUACUUCACUGCUCAACCAUUGUCUAGUUCUGAAGUAGAACUUACAUGGAAACCUCCUUCACAUCCUCAUGGAAAAUUAGUAAAAUACAUUAUUAAGGGAAUUCAUUUAACCGAUGACCAAACCAUUUUGGACGAACGUAGCUACUGUAGAAACAAGACGAUCAAUGGCAACGGUAUAUCUCACAAAUCCACCACAUCAAUUGUUAAACCAUCUGAUGAUACAUGUGAAAAACAGUGUGAACCGCAAAAGAAUAUUGUUGACAAUAUAUGCAACACUUUUGAACACGGUAUAGACAUGGAUUUAAUUUCAUUGAACAAUCACAAGUAUACAUUUGAAUCGUGCAGCAGUAACAUUCUUAAUAUUUUUAUUAAUUCAAAAUGUUUGGCGAUGCAAAACAAUGACGACACUAUCUUUCCAAAUAUUAUAAAUGAAAACUGUACAGAAAUGUGGUCAGUGAGUAACAUAGUGAAUAAUGUCACUCAUAAAGAUGGUAGCUCAUCUUAUUUCCAGAUACAGCUGAAUGAAAAUGUUACAUCGUUUAAUCUUGGUAACCUUAGGCAUUACAGUCAAUAUUUGUUGUCCAUAUUGGUUUGUAGAGAAGUGGUCAAACAAGAACUAAACCUAAGUAAUAUCAAUCCUUGUAGUCAAGAGACGUUAAUAUCCUUCCGCACUUUGGAAAAUAAGCAGGCAGAUAUUAUUGAUAGCGAUAGUGUACAAGAUGUUGUUGUGAAUAAUCACACUGUAGUUAUAUCUUGGCAGCCACCGACUCUUAUAAAUAGUAUAUUACAUAGUUUCCAGUUGGAAUAUAAGCGCUCGGACGCGCCCAAUUUUGUUUCUGUAUGUAUUACUAUGAAGGAGUACGAAAAUGCUGGCCGAUCAUAUGUCUUCAAGAACUUACAGCCUGGUACUUACCAAUACAGAAUCCAAGCUGUUUCUUUGUAUAAACCUGGCCCGUUUACUACGGUGAAAGAGUUUAAUCUUCCAUAUCCAGACUCAUUUAACAGUUGGAAUCUUAUUCUCAUAAUUUUCAUUUGUGGCUGUUUAUUAAUUUUAUUAACAGUAUAUUAUAUUCGUACACACUUUAGUCGUAAGAUUUUGGAACGUAAUACCAUGUUUAAUUUAGCCAACAAUCCCGGCUAUGUUGGUAUAUAUGUUGAGGAUGAAUUUGAAAUACCCCGAGAUGAUAUAAUUAUACAAAAAAUACUCGGUAGAGGAACAUUUGGUACGGUUCACGAAGGUCUGCUAAUGCCUGAUUCCAUACCAUGUGCUGUAAAAUCUGUUAGCAAGACAAACUUUAUGAGAUAUCAUGCAGAGUUCUUAAACGAAGCAGCCAUAAUGAAAAAGUUCAGCGAAGCAUACCAUAUUGUGAGAUUGCUUGGUGUGGUGACUAAGACCCAUCCACCACUACUGGUAAUGGAACUCAUGGGUCGUGGUGAUUUGAAAAGUGUAUUGGUUAAGUGCAGGAAUUCUGAUGAUCCACCUCCACCCAACAGAUAUACUAUCAUUCGCAUGGCUGCACAAAUAGCUGAUGGUAUGGCAUUCCUAGAAUAUAAUAAAUUUAUUCAUCGGGAUUUAGCAGCCCGAAAUUGUAUGGUGGCUAAUGAUAUGACUGUGAAAAUUGGCGAUUUUGGUAUGAGUCGACAAAUGUAUAAUGGUGAUUAUUAUCGUAAAGGAAAUAAGGGUGAAAUGCCUAUACGGUGGAUGGCUCCUGAGAGUCUUAGUGAAGGUAUAUUUACCAGUCAAUCAGAUGUUUGGAGUUAUGGGGUUGUGAUCUGGGAAAUGAUGACAUUAGGAGCACAACCUUACUCAGAAAAGAGCAACAAUGAAGUCAUGGCACAUGUGCUUGAUGGUAACUUACUUAAUUUGCCAAUAUUUUGUCCUGAUGUGUUGGCUGGUAUUGUUAGACUAUGUUGGAAUUGGACUGCUUCUCAACGACCAAGGUUCCUAAAAAUAGUUGAAACACUUGAUGUUUAUCUGGAGGAUGAUUUCAGAUCAGUUUCGUUUUAUCAUACACGUGGUUUACACAAUGAAUCACCGGCCGAUCAAUCGUUGAUGUCGCCAUGUACUACAUAUGAAGAAGAUGUAGAUAAUGAAAGCAUUUCUUUCGAAGGCGGUGACACUGUUGCUGUAUAUAGUGCGUUCCACGUAGACAAAAAUAAAAUGAGUAAUGGCCAUUUAUCGCCAAUGUAAUUUUUAGGGUCAAAAAUAUUUAAGUGAAAAUCAACGUUACCAGUAAAGUCUAUUUAAAAAAAUAAGUGUUUUUUUUUGUUUUCUUUAUAAAUAUUGUAUAAGCGGUAUAAACUUGUCAUCUGGGUAACCGUUUUUGUAGACUAUUAUUAUUUCGUUGUUAACUUUUUUUUAUAUAAUUUAAUAUUUUAAUGUUUAUGUUCUAAUUUUAUUAAGAAUUAUAAUUAAAUAAUUUUUUUUUCAUACCACCUCACAUGUAUAAACAUAUUGUUCUAGUUUCUAGUCAGCGCGUGGGAAUCUUGUUUUUCCACCGUCUGUUUUUCAUUUUAUUAUUAUCUUAUUUUACUAUAAAUUUUUACAUGUCAUUACAAAAUUAAAAAAAAAAUAAAAUAAAAUAAAAUAUA